CAGAAUUCGCACAGUUCACGCCGCUCAGCAGUUUCACUCACUGGUUUAUCUGGCGAUGAGAUUGCAAACCGUAAACGAGAACAAAACCGUUUGGCUGCUGCGCGAUAUCGGAAAAAGUUAAAAACAAACCACGACACGGAUAGGUUGGAAGUCGAGCGGCUGGAAGAACGGAAUGCUUAUUUAAGGACGAAUGUUGAGAUGCUUAUGGAACAGAUUAGUAACUAUAAGCAAAUAAUUUUAGAGAAUAUCCGGAAAUGCGAUGUGGAAAACAAAUAA